AUGAGCAGUCGUAUACCAAAUGUAAAUGAUGUGUUGACAAAACAGUGUAGUGCUCCAUUGAAUAUCUAUAACUUUUAUAUAUAUAUUCAAUAUGAAGAGCGAGGAGUUGACUAUCUAGAUAUGUGGUUGGAUAUUAGUUUGCUCGACAUCCUUACCAGAAUCUAUUAUAAAGAAAUUGAAAAUUCCCAUUCUAUCGCUACACAGAGUAGCUCUACCCUUGGCCUAAAUGGCUCUCGAGCCCGGACACCGAACCAAUCGAACGUUUCUUAUGGUUUUUUGGAAGACUACUAUCUCCCUAAUUUUGGACCGCUAUUCACAGAAAACAUAUUCAAUAUGGAAAUCUUAGACCCAGCCUCCCUUUUUCAUAACAAGGAUCGAGCAUCUUAUUUAAAAGAAAUUCAUCCCUCUAAUGAUCCAAAGCCUUUUCUUCCUUCCUUCGGAAUGAUCUCACAUAAUCAUUUGUUUGCUUUUCGACAGAUAAUAAUAAACAGAUACUUGACAAAAGGGUCCCCUUUUCGGGUUCCCCUUCCAUCGCGUUUGGUGAAUCCACUACUUAAUGCCUCAAAGUAUCAAGUGGCCGAGGAUCCAAACAUCCUUGAAGAAGUUCAUUCCUAUAUAUUUCACUUUAUUCUCAAACCUGCAUAUACUCGAUUUUUGGAUCAACAAAUGAAGCACAACAUUCAUGCUGCUAGCUAUGCCGUCAGAUUUCUCAUCGGAUACAUCGCUACCUUUGCAGCAUAUUGGCUUGGGUUUUGCGGCAUCUUUUUGGAGUAUUCUAGAAGAGUACGGGUUUGGACUUUGCUUCCCUUUUUCAUUGGAUUUUAUAACCUCAUUUGUUCGUGGUUUUGCUUAGAUCCUUUGUUGGCACUUGUUGGAUAUAAUGAAACAAAGCCGUUUCAUUUUUCAAAAGUACAAAACAAGAGGAUCCUUCUUCACUUACAGAUUAAGGCAGUUUACGCAGGUUUGUUAAUCGCUGCAUUAGUAGCUGCCAAUACAGCAAUCUUCAGCAGCGUACCUUCAAUUCGACUAUAA